AUGAAAGAUGACAAAUUUUGUUUAGAUCAAUGUCCCAAAAAUGAACUUGAAAAGGAACAGAUGCAAAAUAUUCCUUAUGCUUCAGUCGUUAGAAGCCUGAUGUAUGCUCAAGUCUGUACAAGACCUGACAUUGGUUUUGCUGUUAGCAUGUUAGGAAGAUAUCAAAAUUCAGACUUGGCGAAAUGUAUUGAUUCUAGAAAGUCAACAUCAGGAUAUAUCUUUAUGCUUGCUAAUGGAGCAGUAUCUUGGAAGAGUGCAAAAUAA